CCGCUAUUAAUGACAGGCUCACAAUCUAAAGUCAAGUUACGUUUUUAUUUAAUUUCAUCACUCUUUUCUUAUGAAACCAGUAACGUUGAUCCAACGGAGAAACCUUUUUUUCAUGAACCUGCUAUUUGUUCAUCAAUUAAGAGGACAAUUUAAAUCCGAAAAGAGUGUUCUUGAAAGGAUCCAUGAGACUGAAUAGGACAAAAGACUUGGCCAUAGAAUAGGUGUAGCUUUGACCAAGAUGGCCCGCUUCCUGUGGCAUUCCUUGAACAUCCUACUGGCGGCGACCUGCUGCUUUCUGCCGAGGUCCACCUCCUCCCUCAACCUGGAGGACCCCAAUGUCUGCAGCCACUGGGAGAGCUACUCUGUCACUGUCCAGGAGUCGUAUGCACACCCCUUUGAUCAGAUUUAUUACACCAGCUGCGCUGACAUCCUUAACUGGUUCAAGUGCACAAGACACAGGGUAAGCUACAGGACUGCCUACCGCCGGGGAGAAAAAACCAUGUACCGCCGCAAGUCCCAGUGCUGCCCAGGCUUUUAUGAGAGUAGGGAGAUGUGUAUCCCCCACUGUGUGGAUAAGUGUGUUCAUGGCCGUUGCGUGGCCCCCAACACCUGCCAGUGUGAGCCUGGGUGGGGGGGCUCCAACUGCUCAAGCGCUUGUGACAACAACCAUUGGGGCCCCCACUGUAGUAACCGCUGCCAGUGUCAAAACAGGGCAUUAUGUAACCCCAUCACCGGGGCAUGUAUCUGCAACCCCGGGUACCGGGGCUGGCGCUGCGAGGAACACUGCGAUGCUGGCACCUAUGGAAAUGGGUGCCAACAGAAAUGCCAGUGCCAGAAUGGUGCCACUUGCCACCACGUGACUGGGGAGUGCAACUGUUCGCCGGGAUACACCGGCGCUUUCUGUGAGGACCUGUGCCCACCAGGAAAGCAUGGUCAGCAGUGUGAGGAGAGAUGCCCAUGCCAGAAUGGUGGGGUGUGCCACCACAUCACUGGACAGUGCUACUGUCCAGCUGGAUGGAUGGGUACGGUGUGCGGCCAGCCAUGUCCAGAGGGUCGCUUUGGCAGGAACUGCUCUCAGGAGUGCCAGUGUCACAAUGGGGGCAAGUGCGAAUCGUCCACAGGCCAGUGUCUUUGCAACCCUGGCUACACUGGAGAACGGUGCCAGGACGAAUGCCCGUUUGGCACGUAUGGCAUGGGCUGCAGCCAGACGUGCCGCUGCGUAAACGGUGCCAAGUGCUACCACAUCAGCGGGGCGUGUCUGUGCGAGCCGGGUUACACGGGAAAGAUGUGUGAGGUCCGCCUGUGUCCGGAGGGCCACUACGGCCUCAAAUGUGACAAGAGGUGUCCUUGCCACGCGCACAACACACGCAGCUGCCACCCAAUGUCCGGUGAAUGUACAUGCCAACCUGGCUGGUCAGGGCUCUACUGUAACGAAACAUGCACCCCUGGGUUUUUCGGAGAAGCUUGCCAUCAGGUGUGUCAGUGCCAGAAUGGUGCCGACUGCCACAGUGUAUUGGGCGAGUGCAUCUGUGCCCCGGGCUUUAAGGGGCCCAACUGUUCCACACCCUGCCCUGCUGGCACCCACGGAAUCAACUGCUCAUCUAGCUGCAGCUGCAAGAACGGAGCACUGUGCUCAUCGGUAGACGGAGCUUGCUCCUGCAAAGCAGGGUGGCAUGGAGUAGAGUGCUCCAUCAACUGCCCAAGUGGAACAUGGGGGCUGGGUUGCAACCGUACCUGUAAGUGUGGAAACGGUGGUGCUUGCAACGCCCUCAAUGGUCACUGUACCUGUGCCCCUGGGUGGAGGGGUGAGCGGUGCGACUUCCCCUGUCAGGAUGGCACCUAUGGUGUAGACUGUAGGGAGCGCUGUGACUGUAGCCACGCUGAUGGUUGCCACCCUUCAACCGGGCACUGUCGAUGUCUGGCGGGAUGGACUGGUAUCCACUGUGACAGUGUGUGCAAGGAGGGCCGCUGGGGUCCCAACUGCUCCCUGCCCUGUAACUGUAAGAACGGGGCCUCCUGCUCCCCUGACGAGGGCACCUGUGAAUGUGCCCCAGGCUACCGAGGGACCACCUGUCAGAUAAUCUGUUCCCCUGGCUACUUUGGCCAUCGCUGCAGCCAAGCCUGUCCCCAGUGUGUCCAUAACAAUGGGCCAUGCCAUCAUGUCUCGGGCCAGUGUAACUGCUUCCCGGGUUUCAAAGGGGCCCUGUGCAACGAAGUUUGUCCCAGUGGCAGGUUUGGGAAAAACUGUGCGUGGGGCUGCACCUGUACCAACAACGGCACCUGUAACCCUGCUGAUGGCUCAUGCCAGUGUUACCCUGGCUGGAUUGGAAGUGACUGCUCCCAACCCUGCCCACCUGGUCAGUGGGGCCCCAACUGUGGCCACACUUGUAAUUGCCACAAUGGAGCGUACUGCAGUGCCUAUGAUGGGGAGUGCAAGUGUACACCUGGCUGGACGGGCCUCUAUUGCACACAACGCUGUCCACUGGGCUUUUACGGUAAGGGCUGUUCACAGAUCUGCCAGUGUCGUAAUGGAGCUGACUGCGACCACAUCUCCGGGCAGUGCACCUGUCGCACAGGCUUCAUGGGACGCCACUGUGAACAAAAAUGCCCUUCUGGUUCCUAUGGUUAUGGCUGUCGUCAGGUGUGCGAUUGUCUCAACAACUCCACCUGUGACCACAUGACCGGUACCUGUUACUGCAACCCUGGAUGGAAGGGAGCCCGUUGUGACCAAGCUGGCAUCAUCAUCGUGGGCAACCCCAACAGUCUGACCAGCACUGCAGUGCCUGUCGACUCCUACCAGAUUGGUGCCAUUGCUGGCAUCAUUGUCCUAGUGCUGCUGGUGCUCUUCCUUCUCCUUCUCUUCAUCAUCUACAGGAAGAAACAGAAGGGCAAGGAGCCAACCAUGCCCGCCGUCACAUACAGCCCCGCUGUGCGUGUCACAGCUGACUAUGCCAUCGCAGAAGCACUCCCACCACCAGGUGACGUCCAUCCAAGCAACUACUUCUCCAAUCCCAGUUACCACACGCUGACCCAGUGCACAAGCCCUCCACAUGUCAGCAACCUAUCUUAUGGAAAAGCUAAGAAUAACCAGUUGUUUGUAAACUUGAAGAAUGUGGAGCAGAGGAAGAGACCUCCCAUAGCGGAUCACACUGGCACCCUUCCUGCAGACUGGAAACACGGAGGCUGCUUCAAUGAGCUAGGAGCAUAUGGCCUUGACCGUCGAUACAUGGGGAAAUCCCUAAGAGACCUGGCAAAAGGAAUGCCCUAUCAUGCCAGCUCCAGCUCCCUCAAUAGCUCGGAGAAUCCCUACGCCACCAUUAAGGAUUCUCCGCUUCUCCUUCCCAAGAACGUUGAGUGUGGCUACGUGGAGAUGAAGUCACCCGCGCGACGGGACCCGCCAUAUGCCGAGAUCAAUAACUGCAGCCCCACCAACAAGAAUGUCUAUGAAGUUGAACCCACCAUCAAUGCCAUCCACUCACCCAGCAACAACAAUGGUCAUGGACCUUUUGGCCAGGACCCAUAUGACUUACCCAAAAACAGCCACAUCCCCUGUCACUACGACCUUCUGCCCAUGCGGGACAGCCCCCCCUCCUCGUUCAAGGAGCUCGAUAGCGAAUGAGCUCCCAGAGACUCAAAAGAGACCAUGCCCCUCCCACCUCCCAAGUUCAGUCAAUGGAUGGCCCAUUGGUGACAUACUGAAUGCUCACUCGUUGCAUAUCUUCUCACAAACCUAUUAAAUCUGUAUAUUUUCUUAGCUUUUUUCACUGUCACUAUAAUCAUUCUUAACCCUGGUUUUUGGCAAGGAUGCUUUCACAUUCACACAAGUGUCAAAAGAGUUUAUUUGCUAUCACCUUAGCAUGACUGUUAUUUACAUUUACAUUUAGUCAUUUAGCAGACACUCUUAUCCAGAGCGACUUACAGUAAGUACAGGGACAUUCCCCCGAGGCAAGUAGGGUGAAGUGCCUUGCCCAAGGACACAACGUCAUUUUGCAGAGCCGGGGAUCGAAACAGCAACCUUCUGAUUACUAGCCCGAUUCCCUAACCGCUCAGCCAUCUGACUCUCUUAUUUGCAAGCAUUUGGUGUUCAAAGGUGUGGUUUUAGCUAUGUGCAGCUUUGACAUAUUUCUUAUCGAUAUGUGUUAGAUAAGUCAUUCCACUCAUUGGGUAUUGAUGUAAAUUGCCUUCGAAAACAUUAUGUAAAAAAAAAAACUCUGAUAAACCUCAAUUAUUUUUUUAAUAAUUAAAUGAAUGCUAACAGUAUUAGAAAUUGCCUAACUUGCUGGAGGACCAGUGUAUUAGUCGAAUAUUUUAAGACUCUUUUCUGUUUGUUCACUGUUUCCUUUGUGACUGAGAGUAGUUAUAAGUGUUGUAUAUCAAUAAUUUGUGGAUGUUUGACAAUGUAUCUGUUCUUGUUCACACAUCUUAAUGUUGAAUAGUCAGACCAUGUUAAGUCAAUAUUGAAAUUAACCAAAGGUUAAAGUAUUGCUUCGAUUUUUAGAUUUUCCAACAUCUCCUUAAGCUUUUUAGGAAUGGAAAAUAACAUUUUUGUGUCGGAUCCUGGAAAAAUAACAGGAUGCAGAUACUGUUACCAACAUCUUUGUGACAUACCAUGCAAAAUUAUCUUCAAUGCAUCAUUACCAGAACACCGGAGAUGAUUGUGAUACAAUAGGGAUGAUACUAGAGCAAGAGGUAUGAUACUGAAACAUUUUGUACUGACAACUAAUGUCAAUGUUUUCUGUUAUUAUGGCACAGUAACAGUGUUUAUAAAUCUCUUUUUAAAAUGAAUUAAAUGUGACCACACGAACAAUAACUGUAACAUCUAUGUACUGUAGCUACACAUUUACUCAAUAGUGGCUUAGAGCAGUAAAGACAACGUUUUUACUGUAUGAACAAAUUCACUGAACUUUUUGCAGUGCAAUUUCAAAACAUAACUUAAGAAAAAUAACUUGUUUGUUAUGCUUAAGCUGGACUUUUGCAUGGUAAUAAAAGAACAAACCUACAAAAUAAAUACAAUUAGACAGAUUUAAAUUUACCUGAAAUAUAUAUAUUUCAAGAAACAAGUAUAGAUUUUCUCCACUUCUUUUUUUUUUUGUAUUGUGAAUGACCUAAAUUAGCCUCAAGUCUUAAACCAUUCUGAGCCUAAUAUGAAAUAUAUUUGUACAAAGCUGUUGUGUAUAGCUGUAAUCACUUCUGAAUGAGAGGUGAUGUGUGUUUUCAUGUCCUGCACAAAGCGUUAGUAGCGUUUUGAUGGUCUUUUUUGAUGGGCUAUAUUGUAUAAUUACCGGAACAUAUAUGAGUAAGUACAAUCCUCAGUUUCAUUCACCAUAAAUAGAGUGAAAACCUUCCAUUUUUUUAUAUUAUUGUAAAAUUUUAAUUUUAAGACAUCCAUUUUGGCAUGUAAGACUUUAGUUUUUUUAGCAUAAUUCUUUUAUUUUAUUUGAAACAGUUUGUUUUGUUUCUUCUGUAUAAAAUUACAAGGUAUUUAUGCCGUACAAAUGACAUUUAAAUGUAGGCCUACGUCCUGAAAAUGUUAAAUCAAAGUUUCAUAAAGUGUAAUAUUCUGUCACUAUGUAUUUAUAAAUUGGUCAUGUUUGGUUGGGAUUUGUAAUUUCCCAAAUGGAAAACAUUAUUAAAAAGGAUGGAAUGAG